AUGGGGUCUCGCGAAUUUCUCUACGCUACUGGUGUAGUCCUGCUGCUUUUAGGAAGGGCCCCAGUGCCCACACAAGCUGCUUCUGGCCAACCUCCCUCUUAUUCCCAAGUCCUUGGUGACACGGGAGCAUGCCUUCCCGAAAUAAACAAGGCCCGCGAGCUCGCUGGCCUCACCAGCUUCGCUCAGGCGACAGCGACGGAUGGUGGCCAACUUCCUCUCGAUAGUGCAUAUCAGCUUUGGAGGAUCCCAUGUGACCCUUUGGUGCCAGCUGAAGAACAGUUCAAGGGUUCUAAUGAGUUGUUAUACAAAACCGCGUUUGCCGCUUUCGAGGUGUCCCCGGAUACUCCCAAUUGCACCGAAGCAGUCGACCACUGGAACGCUGCUUUUACGAAUUUCCAAGAGUAUGUUCUGCCCCCACCCAACGACAUGAGCACGAAGUUGUACAGCAACCGAGACAACAUCUCGUUCGUUGCCGUGUAUAACCCUGCGAAGACCGCAACCGCGGAUUGCCGUGUGUUCACGUGCACACGAACUACUCCCGCGUCUUCUGUGGCCGGCGAUAGCAACUCCAACCCUGCUAAAACCGAGGACAGCUCGAGCAGCCUGAUAUGCUUGACGACACCGGAUAUACUGACCCUCAACGGCCCGGCCCCUUUUACGUACGUUUACAUUCUUAAGCGGCAAGAAGAAUGGGAAAAAAUAAAAGCCGCCUUCGCUCGAGCCGGGUCUGCCGGGAAAACCAUGUUUAACGAAAUACUCAUUGCAGCAACGAUUCUUCUCGGCCUAGUGGCUUCAUGGAAGGCUACACCCGUCUUGGCAAGGGCCAGUUACGUGAAAAUGUUGUUGCUUUUGCCCCUUGGGUUCUGUAUUUUAGUAACUUUAGCUGCUUCUGUAGUGGGGGAGGGUGUUUAUAUCUUUAAUGAAGGGGGAGAAAAGGACAACUGA